AUGAAUGGAGUAGUUAAAGCUGCAAAUCUUAAUUAUGGUGGAUAUUGCACCACAAUUAGAACUUCUACUGGGGAAACUCCCUACAUGUUGGUUUAUGGGUCGGAAGCAGUGAUACCUACAGAAGUAGAGAUACCUUCAUUGAGAGUCAUUCAGGAGGUUGGUCUAGAUGACGUUGAAUGGAUUCAUAGUAGAAUCGAGCAGUUGAUGCUCAUUGACAAGAAGAGAUUGGAUGCGGUUUGUCAUGGUCAACUCUAUCAAAAUAGAAUGAUCAAGGCGUUCAACAAGAAAGUCAAGCCUCGUCGAUUCACACCAGGACAAUUAGUAUUGAAGAAGAUAUUCCCUCACCAAGAUGAAGCCAAAGGAAAAUUUGUGCCAAAUUGGCAAGGUCCUUACAUAGUUCACCGAGUACUCUCAGGAGGAGCAGUGAUCCUCGCAUAA